ACGUCUCUGUUGCUGAGGACGUCGGGGCAGCUUCUGCUAGUGCGAAGCGCCGCAGCAGCAAGGGCAAGGGUGGCAAGGGUGGUGGACGUGGCAGCUGCGGUGGUGGAGGUGGCAGCGGGAGUAGUGGUGGGGGCAGCAGUGGAGGUGGUGGCGGCGGUGGGACUGGUGGAGGAAGUGGGGGCUCUGGUGGCGGCGGUGGAGGCAUCGGUGGGAGUGGCGGCAGUGGCGGAAGUGGGACUGGUGGCGGUGGGACUGGAGCUCGGCGUGUUUGGUUCUGGAGGUGGCCAGCGUCAGCAGCAGCAGCGUCAGAGCGAGACCCAGUCGCCCCAACAGCUCCGUGAGGCCUUGCACACCUUCACGCUGGACUCAGGCGCCUCGCGCUGUUUCUUUCGUGACAGCACCACCCUCACUCCUCUCCCUGCACCUGUCCCGGUCAGACUGGCUGACCCCUCUGGGGGCCCGGUCGUUGCCCGUUCCUCCACUGUCCUCAGCGUGUCUGGCGGUUCCGUCCAGCUCACUGUCAGGUCUCUGCCUUCCCUGCCGCCCUCGCUUGCCCCGCCCUGCCUUCCUUGCGUCGAGGGGCGGCAGCGCACCGCUCCUCACUCCUCGUUUCCCCCAACGAUUGCUCCCCUGCAGACUCUCCACAUGGACGUGUGGGGCCCAGCCCGCGUCAGUGGACAGAGCCGCAAGCGCUACUUUCUUCUGGUGGUUGGUGACUACACGCGGUAG